GUUGGAGAAGGAUGUCCGUUCUCACACCUGGUUGAUGCUGGAAUCUGUGUUCAGUCUGGUUGCGAGGUGCUUAACAGCCAGAUGAUACUGGAUCUCACUUGCUGUUUGCGUCGCGGGCACGUUCUUCUCCCUGCAUUUGUUCAUGGGCGCAUUAUCAGGAUGAUCGCGAUUGGAUGAUUGUUGUUGAUGAGUUGUACGAACUCCUGCCUGGGGGGAAACUGUCGAACCCUGCCUCCGGGUGUCAAUGAUCUAUCGCGUUCCCCACACAUCACUGAGGUCUUUUGAAACAAUGAUGUCUUUCGAAUGCCGAUCUUUACAUCCCGGUGGCUGUCCCACUGCCAAAUGAUUUCUGAGAAAGAAAUUCGUCAUAGCCAUGAUGAUGACAAUACAAAAUGUCUCUGAAGGGAUGUGCAUUCAGUGGACUUCUCUCUUUCGUUCGUCCCACUCUUGUUCUUUCCUUUUUUUCCUUCGUUUUCGUUAUGAUGAAUCCAUUCCUUUAUUUCUUACUUAUAUCGCUGUGCGAUAUGACCUAUGGGCUAUCAAUACCUGUCAAGGGGCCGUCGGCGGGUUCUCUCGCUUUGACAGACCGGAAGGAUGAACCUGGUGUUCGUAUGCAGAAGAGAUUUUCAAUCAAGGAGAACAUCUACAAUGACAAUGAGAUAUUUUAUUCGGUCAAUAUCACCCUUGGAGGGAAAGAGUUCCCUGUGCAGAUUGACACAGGCGCAUCCGAUUUCUGGAUCAAACCUCCCUUCGAUGUCAAAUUCACGAACGUCACCAAGGUCCAGAGUGUCCUGCAAUUUGCAGGCGGUGCCGUAUUAGGCAAUAUCUCCUUUGCAGACAUGACCUUAGGACCGAUCCGCGUCAAGUCACAAGCUCUUGUGCACGUCAUUGAGCAGAGAAACUUUGAUAAUCUUUUCAAUCGUAGCAUCUUCGGUAUAUUGGGGCUCAGUUUCCCCCAAUCAUCUCAGAUCUUGCAUGACAGUGAACAACUAUUCGGCGCGAACAGUACAAAAGGUCGUACAUUCCUAGGCAAUGUUUUCGCUCAGAAUAAGUCGACACCUAAUUUCUUCACUGUCCUGCUGGGCCGCCAGGACGAUCUCAAGGGCCCGAGGGAUGGAGUGUUCACCAUUAGUGAAUAUGACUCUCAGUAUGGGAAUAUAACUUCGCAACCGAAGUUAUUUCACCCUUCGAACAAGUCCAAAAACGAUAAUGCGCUUCCGCUCUGGUCUGUUCCAAUGGACAAGAUGUUUGUCAACGGCAAAGAGUUCAAAUUCAACAAGUCGAGCGUUCCAGGUCUGGAAAGCGGGAAAACGGCAAUGCUCUUGGACACGGGUUUCACACUCUCAUACAUUCCCGGAGCUGCUGUCGAUUUCAUAUACAAAAGCAUCUCCGGUGCGAAGUUUGACAAGAAGAAUCAGCUAUGGGAGGUGCCGUGUGAAAAUACAACCCAGUUAGACUUUGUAUUCGGGGGCAAGAACUUUUCCAUUCAUCCCCUUGAUAUCACCCGCGUGAAGACUGUUGGUCAUGAGACCGUUUGUCAGAGCACGUUCAGGGCGAUGCAACCUAACCCUGCUUUAGCUCUCGACGGUAUUUUAGGAGUCCCGUUCAUGAAGAAUGUCUACGCUGCCUUUGACUUCGGCGACAAGUCUUCCAAAAUUGCUCCUAAUGUGCCCUUUGUAAGGAUGAUUUCUACCACAGAUGCAAAGGCCGCGAGCCCAGAAUUCAAGACAGUACGCUCUAGACAAGUGUCUAUUUCAGAAAAGUUUGCUGCGGAAGGUUUCGCGAAGUUCCAAGCUGCCCAGAAAUCGCAGAAAUCAGGUGCUCUGGAUCUUGACAGUGAUCUGCACGCUUCUCACCUGCCUAGCACAUUCGCCGACGAAACGCCACUUUCUCGAAGGUCUGGAAGCACGACAGCCCACGCUCCCACGACGCCUGCAGCUCAACGUCAGGCUAGCCUUCCCGCAGGACAGCUGCAUCGUGAAGUCGUCGAAAUCCUUUCCGGAACCCGCGCUAGCCCUACCCGGCUUACUGUUUUGGCCGGUACCACUUUCGUCUUCAUGGGUCUAUGUGUAAUGGGCGUCUGCAUGGAGGUGCGAAGACACAUGCGCAAACGUCUGGUGGCAGAAGAGGGUUGCAGAUUCAUCCAUGAACAGACAGGCUAGGCCUUGACACGUUUAUGAUGUAGAAAUGUUACUCGAGAGGAUUUCUGGCAUUCGAUCUCUUGUUUAGCCUUCAGCGAUUGCUUGGCGGUCCAUAACUCCAAUGAAGGCACUUGUAUGAACGUAUUUGGUACUGCCUAGGUUCGCCUGUAGAGCGAAAUGGAUUCAAUCAAUCUCUCACGGAAACAGCAGCAGACGAUGACCUACAAUAAGCCAGCUCCCCACGGUUGAGAUUCGACUCAAUGAAAGACGUGAGAUCAAUUUGCAUUUCAUCUAAGCAGGCUUCAGCAUGCUGGACUUUGCAGGCGGCACGAUUCUGAUCGAAGACAGUGGCACCCUUGAUAGGUGGGGUUAGAGUUGAAUAGAACAGGACCAGCUGCCGUUCAAGGGAUGGAUAGUUUCAGAUUGGCGUGAGGAACAAGGAAUGCAACGAGACGAGAAGGUCCGACAAGGCAGAAGCUUGUGUCACAAGGGAAUGCCGCAAUUCAACGGCAGGUAGAGCGUAUAUCAACAUGAAGGCGUGCUUCUUGCGAUCGGAUUUCCCUAAGUUUAAUGUAAUGUCUAUUCAAUGGGCCCUGUCGUGUGACCCUGUCAGGUACAUCGCUGUAGGGCUUCCAUCCCACUGGUGGAGCGUUUAAACUAAGCUUGAAUACAGUAGUUUGAGAUUC